GAGUUAGCAUCGAGCUCGUAAUGAACCCGAGAGAAAAGGCUGUGCUGCCGCCGACAUUACGAUGUGUAGCGUUCGAGAAAGACGCGGUCAACACGGGAAACUAAUGUCGGCUCUCUGAGCAGCCUCCCUACACCAUGAAUCUCAGAGGACUCUUCCAGGACUUCAACCCCAGUAAGUUCCUGAUCUAUUCGUGCCUGCUGCUGUUCUCCGUGCUGCUGUCCCUGAGGCUGGAUGGCGUCAUCCAGUGGAGCUACUGGGCUGUGUUCACUCCCAUAUGGCUGUGGAAGCUGCUGGUCAUCAUCGGGGCGUCAGUGGGCACCGGAGUCUGGGCUCACAACCCUCAGUACAGGGCUGAAGGGGAAACCUGUGUGGAGUUUAAGGCCAUGCUGAUCGCUGUGGGCCUCCACGUCCUGCUGCUGAUGUUCGAGGUGCUGGUGUGCGACCGAGUGGCCCGAGGAAACUACUUCUGGCUGCUCGUCUUCAUGCCGCUCUUCUUUGUGUCGCCCGUUUCGGUGGCAGCAUGUGUCUGGGGCUUCAGACACGACCGCUCCCUCGAGCUGGAGGUUCUGUGUUCAGUCAACAUCCUGCAGUUCAUCUUCAUCGCUCUGAGGCUGGACCGGAUCAUCAACUGGCCUUGGCUGGUGGUGUGUGUUCCUCUGUGGAUCCUCAUGUCCUUCCUGUGCCUUGUGGUUCUCUACUACAUCAUCUGGUCGGUGCUCUUCCUGCGCUCCAUCGACAUCAUCGCCGAGCAGCGCCGGACCCACAUCACCAUGGCGAUCAGCUGGAUGACCAUCGUAGUUCCACUGCUCACCUUUGAGAUCCUCCUGGUCCAUAAGCUGGACGGCCACAACAGCCUGAGCUACGUCUGUGUGUUCGUCCCUCUGUGGCUCUCUCUGCUCACGCUCAUGGCCACCACCUUCGGCCAGAAGGGAGGAAACCACUGGUGGUUCGGCAUCAGGAAGGACUUCUGCCACUUCCUGCUGGAGCUCCUCCCCUUCCUGCGGGAGUAUGGCAACGUGUCCUACGACCUCCAGCGCAGCGAGGACCCCGAGGCGGCCGACGACCUGCCCGUCCCAGAACCGCCACCGAAGAUCGCUCCGAUGUUCCACAAGAAGACCGGCGUGGUGAUCACACAGAGUCCCGGGAAGUACUUUGUCCCGCCGCCCAAGCUCUGCAUCGACAUGCCCGACUAGCCCCCCAGAGACUCUGCAGCCGGAUCUACCCGCCCUGAAGGAUUCAGCCCUGAACUCUGCAUCAGAACCAGAGCCCUCACACUGGUUCUGUUCUGGACCACAGACACUAAUGUGGGCCUGAUGCUGGAUCUGUGGACUCUAGAGCGUGACUGGAACAGCCGUAGAUCUUUGGAUCCGAGUGUCUGAAUGACAACGACACUUGGUCUGUGAUGGGACCAGUAGGACUGUUUCAUGACGGGAUCAGUGGACCCUGGUUCUGUUCAGGUCAUUCCAGACAAAACCAACCAGAUGUGAAAACCUUUCCGACCUCCUCACCGUUUAUAUCCACAGUGACCUCCCUGUAGCCGAUGAUCAGAGGUCCAGAUGCAUCACUCCUCAGUACAGACGCACAGUUUUGUUUUGGCUUCUAGCAGAACCCAGAUGUGUUCUUCCUCCUAAAUGUCAUGUGUCUAUCUGCUGUA